AUGCAUGUUUCACAUACUUCAACAAAUUCAAACAAUAAUAAUAAUAAUAAUAAUACAAAAGUUUAUUUAACUUGUGAACAAACAGAUAAAUUAAAACAUAUAUUAGAUCGUUCAAUUCCAAUAUGUUCAUCACCACCAUCAUCAUUUCCAACAUUAAAUUUAACACCACGAAGUUUUCUUCGACAAGUUCGAAAUAAAUUAAAAGAAUAUUCAAUUGAUAUAACAAGUAUACGUUUAAAUGGUGGUGCUGCGUCGUAUGUACUCGUUAAUGAUUCAAAUUUUGUUUAUCGUGAUAUUGAUAUAUUAAUACAUAUUAAAACUCCAUUAUCAUCUGAACAAAAAACAACAUUAUUUUCAUCAAAUAAUGAAUCAUAUUUAUGUGAUGUAUGGACAAUAAUUAAAUAUAUUAUAUGUUCAUGUUUAUUAGAACAUAUUACAAAUAUAAAAACAUCUGAACAACAAUCACAACAAUAUACACAUCAUUAUUUAUCAACUAUACUUGAUGCAUAUGCAAAAAAAAAUAUUAAAAUAUCAUCAGAACAAGAUUCAUGGGCAUUAUUAUCAUUACAAAAUUAUUCGGGACAAAAUCUUGAAUUAAAAUUUGUUGAACAUCUUAAACGACAAUGGCAAUUUAGUGUUGAUUCAUUUCAAAUUAAUCUUGAACCAUUAUUAUAUGAAAAACAAUUAAAUAAUCAUACAAAUCGUAAUUUAUCACAAAUAUAUAAUCGUUCAUCAAUAUCAUCAAUAACAAAAACAAUAAAAACAAAAAAUUUAAUUAUUGAUGCUAUUAAUGGUUUAACAAUAAUAAAAAAAGAUAAUAAUGAUAAUGAUGAUGAUGAAAGAAAUGAUUGUAAAAAUAGUAAUGAAAAAAAUCAUCAAAAUAAUAUUUUAUUAACAAGCACAAGUCCAUUACGUUUUGGAUUUUUUACACCAUCAUCAUCACCUGAUACAAUUCAACAAGAAAAUAAUAUCGAAUGUCAAACAUUAGCUACUAUUACAACUAUUUCAACAUCAAAUAAUAAUAUUAAUAAUCCUAUAUUCGAAUCUCGUUCACGUUUAUUAAAAGCAUCAAUAUCAACAAUAAAUGAAGAACCAACAGAUAGUUCACUUCAAUUUCAUCUUUCAUUAAAUGAUGAUACUGAUGAUGGUAUUGUUUCAGAUGCUGAUGAUUCAGUUAAUGAAGAUGAUGAUCAAGUAUUUCGUACACCAGUUGAUACAAAUAGUGCACCACCUAGUCCAGCAACAAUUAUUGCUAUUGAAAUACCAUCAUCUCCACUAGUCAUUGAAGUUUCUUCCGGUUAUAGAGAUUUACAUCAAGCACUUGAUCAUUUAAAUAAAAAAUUAAUUGCAACAUAUGCACCUGAAACAAUGCGUGGUGGUGGUUUAUUGAAAUAUUGUGAUUUAUUAGCACAAAAUUAUAAAAUUCAUGAUCUAACAGAUAUGUUUCGUAUGCAACGAUAUAUGUGUUCAAGAUUUUUUAUUGAUUAUAAAACAAUACCUGAACAAAUGUAUGUUAUAACUCAAUAUGUUACAACACAUUUUUUACCAUUAUCAUUAACAAAUAUGGAUGAAACAACAAAUUCAAUUUUACAAUAUCGAGAUAAUAAUCAACAAAAUAUAAAAACAUCUUAUACACAAAAUAAUAUUAUUAAUGUAAGACUUUGUUUAUUAUUUUUUGAUCAUUUAUCUAAUGUUAUACAACAAAGUACGGUUUGUUUAACACAUCACGAUAAAGAAGCAACAUUAAUAAAUAUACAUCAUCUUAAAGAAUAUUAUCAUUAUAAAUAUGAACAUUUAUUUAUUGAUGAUAAUUAUCAUCAACAACGAUAUCAUUCACAUCCACAUCAUUAUCAUCAUUGUUCAAGUUCAUCAUCAAAUUCCAGUCGAUCGUCAUCGCCAUCGAGUUCAUCAUCGAAUUCGUAUAGAUAUUACCGUCCUAAUCACAAUCAUCGUCAUCAAAAUUCACAUUAUCGACAUCAUAAUAUUCAACGACAAACAGCAAACUCUUUGUCGUAUCAUCAUGGAUCUCGAAAUUAUUCAAAUGAUUUCCAUACAAAUCAACAAAUAUUAGCGAAUCAUCAUCAUCAUCAACGUCGACAUCAAUCAUGA